AUGCAGGUAUGUGCUGCAGGCUACUAUAUCGACGGCGAGAUCGUAGAUAUGUCCGUGCGCACCAUAUGGGAGCCGCUCGCAGUCAAGAUGCAGGUAUGUGCUGCAGGCUACUAUAUCGACGGCGAGAUCGUAGAUAUGUCCGUGCGCACCAUAUGGGAGCCGCUCGCAGUCAAGAUGCAGGUAUGUGCUGCAGGCUACUAUAUCGACGGCGAGAUCGUAGAUAUGUCCGUGCGCACCAUAUGGGAGCCGCUCGCGGUCAAGAUGCAGAUCUACAAAACAGCAGUGGAAACAGCGAUCCUUCUAUUGCGAAUCGACGAUAUUGUCUCCGGUUCCAAGAAGAAGACUGACAAGGAGCCCAACGCGCCCGCCGCCAUGGCAGCGCAGGAAUAA